AUGCUGAGUUUGUUUCCCCUUCUUAUUCAGUAUUUCUCAGAAACCGAUGGCAUGCAGUUGAAGUUGCUUAAACUGGAUUCGUUGGAAAACGAGACAUCAGAAAUUAUUGUUACUUUCUGCAUAAAUACACUGAAAAAUUUAAAUAUUCCUUUGGAAAAGCUAAUGGCAUACAGCGCAGAUAAUACAAAUACAAAUUUUGGGGGACGAGACAGGCAAGGGACGAACAACGUUCACUUCAAACUGAAAUCGAAACUUUCGAAAGGCAUUGAAGGCAUUGGUUGUCCUGCUCACAUUCUACAUAAUACAGCAUCCACAUCUGCUGACGUACUUUCUAUUGAUGUGGUGUCAAUAGUACUCAAGAUUUACAAGUAUUUUUCUAUAUAUACAGUACGGAAUGAACGUCUUCAAUCUUUUUGUGAGGCAGCUGAUGUAAUUCAUGCUAAUUUACAAUCCCACUCAAGAACGAGAUGGUUAUCAUUGUUGCCGGCGAUUGAACGUAUUCUGAAACUAUGGGAACCACUAAAAGAAUGUUUUUUUGCAGAGACCAGACCACCCAAAGUGAUAAUCGAUUUCUUUAACAACCCAUUAUCACAAGUUUACUUUCUGUUUUUACAUAGCCAAUCAUUUUUAUUCGAGACACAAAUAAAGAAAAUAGAGAAAUCCAACAUAACCAUCAUCGACGUCAAAGAACUCAUAAACAGUCUUGAGAAAACUCUGUCAGAACAAGCUGCAGGCAAGUUUUUAGGAAUCCAAACAAAGCUUGAAUAUGACAAGAUAAAAAAUAUUCCUCAGCAUUCAGAUUUAAUAAAAUUAUUUGACGAAGAAAUUAAUCUUUAUUACAAAACUUCUCUGGAAUACUUAAAACAAUGGAGUUCUCCCCUGACAAAGUUUGAAAUAUUUUCAUGGAUGAAUCUUGCUGACCCACCACAAUGGCAGGAUGUUGAAAAGACAGUGAAUUAUUUACAAGAGAAAGGAAUUGUUAUUAGCGACGGCGUAUUUGAAGAAAUAUAA